UUUAAUAAUACCAUAAAAAAUAUAUAUAUUAUAGUAAAAACUUCUUGGUAAAGCGCAAUUAAAAUGUGGAAGUCUAUGAAGCACCAAAAACAGCUCGUCCAAAGAUAUCAGCUGUGCGCUGGGCGGCUGUUAUCUGUGGGCACGGCACUGGAGCAGCAGGCCCACUUGGAACUGUUGGACACAACGCCAACGCGCAGCGAUGAGGAAUGGCUGCAGGCAAAGCCUUAUACGGAAGUGCCUGGACCGGGCACAUGGCGUGUUUUAUCCUACUUCCUGCCAGGCGGCAAGCUAUACAACACGAAUCUGAUACAAAUGAAUCGUCGCAUGCGUGAGUGGUAUGGCGAUAUAUAUCGCUUUCCGGGUCUGUUGGGCAAAAAGGAUGUCAUCUUCACCUACAACCCGAAGGACUUUGAGUUGACCUAUAGAAACGAGGGCAUUUGGCCCAUACGCGUGGGCCUAGAGAGUUUCACCUAUUAUCGCAAGGUGCAUCGGCCGGAUGUGUUUGGCGGCAUUGGUGGAUUGGUUUCUGAACAAGGCAAAUCCUGGUCAGAUAUUCGCAACAAGGUGAAUCCGGUGCUGAUGAAGGUGCAGAAUGUCAGACAGAAUCUGCCGCAAAUCGAUCAGAUAUCCAAAGAGUUUAUAGACAAGCUGGAAACCCUACGUAACCCUUCAACGCACACACUCAAUGCGGACUUUCACGAGCAGCUCAAGAUGUGGGCGUUCGAGUCCAUUAGCUAUGUGGCGCUCAAUACACGCAUGGGGUUGCUGACCGAUCGGCCGGAUCCGCAUGCCGCACGCCUAGCUCAACAUAUGUCGGACUUUUUCAACUAUAGCUUCAAGUACGAUGUGCAGCCGUCCAUUUGGCCGUAUUACAAGACGCCUGGCUUCAAGAAAUUCCUAGAGACCUACGAUCACAUCACAGAGAUAACGACCAACUAUAUAGAGACGGCCAUCGAGCGCUUCAAGCUGGAGGAGCAGCACACGGGCAACAAGUGCGUCCUGGAGCAGCUGUUGGCUCUCAACAAACAGGUGGCUGUGGUUAUGGCCAUGGAUAUGCUGAUGGCUGGCUUGGAUACGACCUCCUCAGCCUUUGUGACCAUUCUGUACCAUCUCGCCCGCAAUCCCGUCAAGCAAACGCAUCUGCGUCGCGAGCUGCAGCGCACUUUGCCCAAAUCGGAUGACGCCCUUACCGCUGAGAAUACCAAGAAUAUGCCUUAUUUGCGCGCCUGCAUUAAGGAGGGUCUCAGGAUUACCUCAAUAACGCCGGGCAAUUUUCGCAUAACCACCAAGGAUCUGGUGCUCUCCGGCUAUCGCGUGCCACGCGGCACGGGCGUGCUAAUGGGCGUCCUGGAGCUGUCCAAUAGCGAUGAGUACUUUGCCCAGAGCGCACAGUUUAUUCCGGAGCGUUGGCUAAAACCGGACACCGAUGGCGAGACACAGUCGUGUCCGGAGGCGCGCAGCCGUAAUCCCUUCGUAUACCUACCCUUUGGCUUUGGACCGCGCACGUGCAUAGGCAAGCGCAUCGCCGAGCUGGAGAUGGAGACGCUGCUGGCGCGUCUGCUGCGCCGCUACAAGGUCAGCUGGCUGGGCCAGACGCCGCUGCAAUAUGAGAGCACCAUUAUACUCUCACCACACGGGGAUAUACGCUUCAAGUUUGAGCCAAUUCCUGAUUAGAGAUUAAAAGACGUGCAAUUCUGAAUCUUCGAAAUUUGUUCCCAUCACGCUCAAUAAAAAUCGAUGUGUAUUUUGAGCCUGAAUAAUUUGAACACAUUUCGACGAAUAUUUGUUAUAAAUAUUUACAUAUGCAUGGCAUAUAAUUUGAUAUUUAUAGCGCUUAUUGCAUCGCAAAAACAAAUAAAUAAAAGAAAUAAAUAAAUACACGAAAAAAAAAUGAAUGAAAAACGAAAAAUUAAAUAACAAAAAUAAUAAAAUUAUCAAAAAUUUAUUGGCGGGAUCAAAGUGUAUCGAAAACUGUAUGCAAAAGCAACGACUGCACACACAUACACGCACAGCUCACAUGGAACAUAAUUUGUGGUACAGUGUAAUAAAGAGAUGGCCAAGCGAGAAGAAGACAGAUGCAUGGGAAUGGAAAGCAAUGCAGGCAGUGCACAACGAAAGUAAAAAGUGCGAAAGGCGCAAAAACUAACUGCGACGUUCAACCCUGCAGAGAGCUUGAACUCGCCCAGAGACCGUGCCCGCCGCCCGUCUCGGCCGCCUACACAUUGAGAUAACGGUCGCUGUAGAUUAAAUGGCGCACGAGAAGCAGCCUAACAAAGCGCACAGCCGAUUAAAGCAUGACUUACCGGUAUUUCUUUUGGUUCUUGUACUUUGCCGAUCUGCAGCUCCAAAAGCUUUAUUCUUGCAGUUUGUUGCCUUUUCUUGUGCCUUAGUCGAAGCUUGCGUACCAGCCGGUUUAUUUAUAAUAUUAUAU